GGAGCACAACACGCUGCAGCUGAACCGCUGCUCGCUGCACUUUGAAGCAGUCUCGUGUUUUCUACUUUUUUAUACACACAGCAACUCCUGGCAGGCUUUGUACCUCCGCUGGCGGCACGGUGAACACAAAGAUGCACCUCGAGUUUACUCUCCUUCCGAUUGUUGCUGCUCUCUUCUUGCCAGGAGCAUGGGGUCAGAGCGGCGGCAGCAGCAGCCCGCUCGGUGUGGUGGUGGAGGCCAUGAACAUCACUCUCCCUGCAGGGUCCAGGGCCGUUCUGCCCUGCCACAGCCCCCGCAUGGUGUGGACCCAGGACCGACUGAAGGACCGUCAGAGGGUGGUGCACUGGGACUUGGUGCGCAGCAGCCCAGAGUAUUCUGUGGAGCGAGUCCUCGACAUGUCCCCCGGGGCCCGCCAGAGGGUCUACAAUGGCUUCAACAAGGGGCGCAUUUCCAUCCAGGACUCUGCUUUCAAUGACGGCAACUUCUCCCUGAUCAUCAAAACUGUUGUCACAACUGACAAAGGGGUUUAUACUUGUAAUCUGCACCAUCACUACUGCCAGAUUCACCAGUCCAUUCAAAUCCAACUCAACAUCACGAAAUCAGUUCGGAAAGAGAGACGAUACUGGGACGGAGAGAAGACUGUGUUCGUGGUCUUGUUGGGCAAGUCCGUGGCCUUGCCCUGUGUGAACCGGCGCUCCCUGUGGAGAGAGGGUCUCCAGGAGGAUCAGCAGCAAGUGGCUCACUGGGACUUCCAGCCUCCCGGCGUGCGUCCGGACCGGGCCGCCCGCCUGGUGGACCUCUACGCCUCCGGAGAGCGCCGGGAUUACGGGCCGCUCUUCGGACCGAGCAAGAUGAGCGUGCAGGAGGAUGCGUUCACUUUAGGAGACUUCUCACUGUCCAUUUUGGACUUGAAGCCGCUCGAUAAAGGCCUGUACUCCUGCCACCUGCAUCACCAUUACUGUGGUCUGAGUGAGAGACGCAUCUUCAGGCUCACUGUGGGACCUCCACUCCCAUCCGUACCCACUACAGCACCCAGGAUUAUCCAGAAUGACGUGCCAGCGCCAAGGAUUGAAGUGGUGGAGGGCCCACGUGUGGUGAACGUCAUCCUCCCUGAGCAUCGUGGUUAUUUCGUGCAGCAUUUGGGAUACUUCCUGGCAACUUUCAUGCUGCUGGCCAUCAUCGUUGUCGCCGUUAUUGUGCUGACUCGACGACGCAAAAAACGAGGUCUGGAGUAUGACCUGCGUCGACUGGAUCAUGGAAAUAUGAUCAGCGGAGGUGAAAUGUCAUUAGACUGCACAGAGCUGAGGACCUGUCACCAAGAACCGAUGAAUUCAGACCACAAAAACAACCAACUGAAAGAGAGAGACAUGGUCAAAGACUGCAAUAAGGACUUUGAGAAGCUGUGGAAGUGAGAGCGAUAUUUCUGGGAUCCUGCUGGCAGGUCCAGGGCAAACACCGGAAGAGUAAAGGACUGUGGAGAGAAGGAGGGGGAAAAGGAGGAAACCCAGGAGAGGACAGGAGGAAUGCUCCCUCUGCUGUAAAUCUGACACAUCUAAGUGUUUUCACUAAAAGCCACCACAUUUUUUGGAAAGUCUUCUAUAUAACUUGCAUUUUCUCCAGCUCUUAUAACAUUACAAUUAAACAUAUAUUUGAUGUUUAUUUUUUGCAUUCAUUGAAAAAUAGUUUAUGAAUAUUAGGCUUUAAAAAAAAAAAGUGUUUCUUUUAUAAAAAUGCAUGCUGUUUAUUAAAGUAUGUUUUAUCUGUACUUUGCAUGCUUUUUGAGAUUUGAUCAUUUUCUUUUUUGCACAAAUUCUUCUUUACUGUAAUAUGUAAAGGAUUGUUAUCAUGUUUCAGACAGUGUUUGGAAACAAGUACCACACAUUUCUAGCUGCAUAAUAAGACUUCAUAUUUUUUUCCGAAACUUAACUGUGGUCAUCAUGUAUUUUAGAAUGCAGACUGCCAGACAUAAUCUUUUUUGAAGAUAUUAUUGUUCCCGAUUGGUUCCUUGGUAAUUUACCAAGUAAAAACAUUGUGAAAUUGUAUGACCAUAGACUAAAGGCCCAGUCUCCAAAAACUCAGGUAAAAAAAGAAAGAAUAUUUUAACCAUUUAUUUGGUUUUAAAGGCCUGUGGUAGACCUACUUGUUUGCAUCAAGCAUGCUUGAAGUACCCAGGUUUGUAAAACACUGACUUUUCAUUACUAAACCUGCUGAUAAAGGUAUACAAUCUGUUUAAAAUGUGUGGCUGAAACUGAGGAUUAUUGCAGGAUGAAGAGAGUCUACUCUGUCAGUAAUGCUAAAUCACAAACUAUUACUAACUCUCUCUCAUGUUGGUCUCUUCUAAGAAAAGAUGUAUUCUAUUAAAGAUUAGCACCAGUGGC